AUGAGGAAGGCGAGGAACCCGAAGCCCAAGUUGAGCAGGAAACCGGUCUACAAGUACCCUCCCAAGACAGCGCCCGCCUUCGACAGCUACAGGCCCCAGUCAGCCUACCACGCCCCACCUGCACUGAUCGACUCCUACAGCCCGCAGAAGACCUCCUACAAGCUGACCGCUCCGACCUACGGCAAGCCUCACCCCGCGGGAUCCCCGGAGCCGCCGAAGGACAAGUCCUCCGAAGAGCCCCCGACCAGCUACAUGCACGUCUACCAAGGAGAGAAGGCCACCAAGGAGGGUAAGCCGACCUACGGCUACACCCAGAGCCACACCACCUACGAAGACACCUCCAAGUCUUCCCCUUCCAAGACCACCAACCACAGACCCGUCUACAAGCCCAAAGCCGACACGACCGAAGAACCGAAGCAGGGAUCCUUCCAGCCGCCGAAGCAGACCUUCGGGUUCACCCCCUACGAAGACAGCAUCAAGGAGUCCUCGGAGAACUACCCUCCCAGCUAUUACAAGAAGCAGCCCGACACUGUCCUCGGCCCCAACUACUUCGACCAAAACAAACCUUGA